AGAAAACGGUUGAACUGCGCAGAGUUCAGCUCAGUCGAGGCAGCAGCGAGGAGAGAGGACAGCCAGCGGAGCGGGCUCGCUUUCGGCUUUAUUAUGCUCCAUUUGAUCGCUUAUCACCCACCGAACUGACAGGACUCAUGGUGAAGAGAAAGAAGACGUCACCUACUGCCGAAAAGCGUGAAAAUUGCAUGACACCGGGAUCCAGGGAGGGGAUCGGUAUCGAUGGGAAGAGGAAUCCGUCCAGAAAGCCCGACGGUUGCGACGAGGAGGAGAGCGGAGAGCAGGCGAGCGAGGAGCGGAGUACAAAGGGAGACGACCGAGUGGAAAUUCUUAAUCCAUCAGCCACGGGUCUCGGCUCCGGUUCAGCCCACGUCCUCCCUGCCUCCCCACCGAACCGGACCGGGUUAGGCUCGAACCAGCAGCCGCCGACCCCGUCCGAACCCGCCCCUCCGUGUCACGACCAGCAUCAUUUUCUACGAUCCAGCGUUAGACCUCCGAGCAAACGGAUACGGAAGGAUUCAAUCAGCGCGACGAUCAAUGGACAUGGCGGGGCAAAAUCGAAAGGAGCAGAGAAUGGCUCUUCUUCCCAUGGCGGUGUCGGACAGUCGGGGCCUGUGGCUGGCUCCACAGGAGGAGUGUCCAAGGCAUCCAAGGGUCAGGGGUCCACUGAUAAAGACGAGCAGGCUGGUAACCAGAAGAGAGCCCGUCGACAGUGGGAAUCGUGGAGCGCAGAGGACAAAAAUAGCUUCUUCGAGGGGCUCUACGAGCAUGGAAAAGAUUUCGAGGCGAUCCAGAAUAACAUCGCAAUGAAGUACAAAAAAAGAGGCAAGCCUGCCAACAUGGUGAAGAACAAAGAGCAGGUCCGCCACUUCUACUACCGCACCUGGCACAAAAUCUCCAAACACAUCGACUUUGCCAACGUAUACAACCGCGUCCUGAAGAAAUCCUCACAAGAACUGUACGGCCUAAUCUGCUAUGCCGAGCUCCGCAAAAAAGUCGGUGGAUUGAUGGAUGAUAAGAAUGUGGCGAAGCUGAAUGAACUCAUCCAGCAGGGGGCAACAACAGUGCGCUCCAAAGGGAGGAACCUGCGGAUAAAAGCACCCAUGUGCCGAGCCCUGAAGAAACUUUGCGAUCCGGACGGAGUGAGUGAUGAGGAGGACCAGAAGCCAGUGCGUCUACCCCUGAAGGUGGCGGUGGAGCUCCAGCCUCGCAGUAAUUACUCCUGGGCCCGAGUUCAGACUCUCGCCCACAAUCCCCGCCUCAGGAUGGUGGUGGAACUUCACAGGAAAGUCUCCAGCCUCAUCGAGUACCUGAAACAGAAGUGGGCUUACCAAGACCAGAGAAUUCUCAACAGUCUGAAGGAGAGAGAAGCUCUGGAGGGCAGCCAGUCCAGCGCGGUCUCCCCCAACAAGGGUCCGCAGGAGGAGCUCUGUCUUUUCCCGUCCGAGAACAGCACCUUGACUACGCUUCCUGGUGUGGCCCGGGUGGUUCACUCCAAAGCCUCUUGUACUGUGCAUUGGCUGGAGACCGGCAAGAACCGACCCAACGCUAAGGAACUGCCGGCGGCUCAGAUUUUAGGCAUUCACACAGCAGCGCCAAGAGGGAGCAGCAAAUCUGGAAGAGGGAGCACAAACGCUGGUGGUCCCUCCACGGCUGAUAGUCGUCGGACUGAAGCCCCUAACACUGAUCAGUCACCGGACAGUACUGGAAAAGUGGACGAGAAGAAACUUCAGCAGAUGGGGGUUUUUCCAGAAGAGGGAACAGGAUCACCUGAGACCACAGAGCUCAAUGGGGGCUUAUCGGCGAACAAAAGCACAGAGGGGUCGUGUGGCGUUGCAGAAAUCUCCAACGAUCCAUGCAAAGAGGAGCCAAACGCCACCACCUCCUCUCCAGAAGCUGCACAGACCCUCCCAGCCAAACCUGCUGCGGGCGGCUCAGAGGAGGCUGCGUCCCAGAGCUCCGCUCCACCAACAAAGGAGCGGACCGUCGAGCAGAUCAGAGAGGAGGGCUGGAGCGCCCGCGACACGGACGUCACCCUGGCCGAGCUCUACCUGAUGUUCGGGAAACCGGGGAAGCUGCAGCUGGAGUACGAGUGGCAGCAUGUGGUCGCUCCCUCCAGCAACCAAGAAGACGCACAGUCCUCGGUACCGCCCAGACCCAACAGAACAAACCGGGUUUUACGCUGCCUGCUGAAGCUGGUUCAAACCGAGGUCAAUCCUAAACCUGUGGCUCCUGAAGUUUGCUCCACAGCCACAUCGCCCCUUAAGAGCCAUCAGGAAGAGCAAAACCAAUCAAUUACUCCCCCAGGAAAAGGCCCCAUCGCAGGCGUCCGCAGCCCCAACUGCAGCCGACAGCAGAACUCCGUCCGAGUGGCCAAGAUACACUCCCCAAACACUGGUGCCUCAGGUGGCCGUAACCUUCCUCGCUCCCUGCUUGGGGCGCCAAAUGCAGGCAGCGAUGCAGAAGGCGGCGUGUUUGCAGUACCCACCACACUACCUCCCAACAGCUCCCGCUACAACCGAAUGUUCUCCCCCAACAAGGAAGCCCAGCUUGCCUUCAGACAGCAGCUGGAUUCCAUAAGUAUGCAGUCAGACCUUUUCCUUUAUCGGCAGAGGAAACCCAGGAACAGACAACUCCGGAAACCCCUUGUAGUUCAGAGAACGCUGCUGCCCAGGACGACAGGAGACACCCCUCAACACGUCUGCUCCUUCUCCAUCCUUUCAAACUCCUCCGCAACAGGGACGGGUUCUUUUCGACCAAUCAAUACUCGCUUGGCUCCUUCCACUCGCCCCCCCGUGACGAAAACCUCACCCGCGUCAUCUAGUUCUGCAGCAUCCAGCGAGCUCUCCAGUGCCAUCGACCUGGCAGCUAAGUCUGCAGGCAUCAUCCCCGGCAGUCCCUGUCCAGAACUGGAUUCUUCCACUGUUGAUGGUGCUUUGCUCACAACACCACCCAUUGCUGAAGCUGAACCAGACACCCACCUCCUUCAGCCAAGUGUUUCAGAGAAUGGUCAACCUCCUCCAUCUCCUGGAGUAAGCGGAGGCAGAGACUCGCUUCUGUCUCCGCCCAGCGUUGCCUCGCUUCUCGACAUCUCUCUGCCCGGACCUCCAGAAGAAGCUCUCGCGCCAGGAGAACCUCAGACACAAAUCAGUGACUCCAUCAUCGAGCUUGCCAUCAACUCCACACACUAUGGAGAGGAGGCUGCGCUCUCUCCAGCCAAGCUGGGUAACGGUGACCACUCCAAACUGUUAUCCUCCUCUCCCUCCGUCAGCCCAUCCAGAGGCUGGAUUCCCUCGCCAAGCCACGACCCCCAGUGGUACCCAAGUGACUCUAGUGACUCCACAUUGGGUUGUCUUCUUUCUAGCAUGGUGUCUCCUGAUAAAAGUAAGAGGACCACCCUGGCCCCCUCUGGCCCCUCCAGCGGCACAGCUCUGCUUGGUCCCAGCCUCCUAGACUGCAACUCCCAUGACUCCUUUCAAUCCCGUGGCCUUCCGGAUGUGGCAGAGAUGGACUCUCAGCUUGCCUGCAUGAUGAGCGAGAGCAGCGUGGACUACAUCGCUCGCUUCAAUGACUUGGCUCAGGAGCUGGCAGUGACUGAGCCCUCCAUCCCACCUCCGUGAGGAGGAGAACUGGCUCCAUCGAGCCAUCUGGAGGAGAGUGGGGUCUCCUCUUUGGCGUUAGACGACCGUGAAGAAACCUCCCGAAAGCCAUCGCCACCCUGUUUGUAAAAGUGCAAUAAUUACAGUGAACCCUGACCGUUUGUUUGAAGCAAGUUAGAGUCACUGAACUGUUCUUCAAGGUAAAACAUGCCCUUUAAAAACACUUUAGAGAAUAAAUAUAUAUGCGUUUACAAAACACAACCUCAUGUACAGGAAAAGACUACGCCAUAAUUGAACAAAUCUCUCCUCCAGUUUGUCGCGUCUCGUCCGGCUCUCCGUUGUUGUGUCCGUGUGACCACAUCCAGCCAAGCGUUCAAGUCCAAUCUUGACCCGGUGGCCUCAUCAAACCUCCUGCAAUGAAUGUGAGGAGGCUACAGAAGUGGUGUCGGUCCGUUGUCCCCCCCACCUUUCUAUUUUCCUGUGCUCUUCAUCUCAUGAAUUCAGGUCGAACUGGUUUUUGUUUUAAACAGGCACUUUUGGAUGUUGGUUGCGUUCCAUUCAGCCUCGUAUGCAAAGGCAGCUUGUAUUUAUCACUAAUUAGAUUUUUCUGCAGUUUGAAUCUUUAUUAUUUUGGUGCUUAAAAAAAUUCCAGGUUUAUUUUUUUUUGUUCUAUUAGCUGUAGAAACAGAAUAUUUAUUUUUAAAAAGAAACUUUUCAUCCACAUUUCAGUUUCUGACGUCAUCAAACUUUUACUUCCUUGUGUAGCAUCGUCACAAAAGUUGCAAUUUGUGUUUAAAUUACAGUAAAACAUGCUGAUUAAAAAAAAAAGUUAUAAUUUUUAAAUCUUUUUAAGGACCUUUUAUAUAUAAUUGAACAAAAUUUGAAUUAAAAGCAGUAGUUUAACACUCAGUUUAAUCUUCACCAAAAGUAAGAAGAAUGUAUUUAAAUCAAACACUAAAGCCAUAAAUAAUUAAUGUUCAGCUUAAAUUGAGUCUUAAACUUUUGAAAUCAUUUACGUUCAGAACAACUUUGAACACUAAAAUCAGCAUGAUUGGCUUCUAAACAUGUAAAUUCUUGGUUUACAUGAUGUCACUCUUGUUAUUGAGACUGAAGGUAAAUUCAUCCAUAAAGGUAUUUAAUCGUAAUACUGUGAAGUCCAGACUUGGUGCAUUCAAAUGUUGAAUUAGCAGAAUCAAUGUGAUAUUUGUUCCAUGGGAUCGUGAUCUGUACGAGUGCUUGGCAUCAUUCCAAACAUUUUUGAACAAAUCGCUUUCCUUCAGGACCUUUUUUGAGGCUUUUUAAUGAACAAUCUAGAGAUGAUUUAUUCAUUUGUGUACAGAAAAAACAUCUGGAAAAGCUUCAUAAUGUCACUCUAGUGUCUAAACUAGGAUUCAAAAUAGCAGGUUUGGUUGAAAUCUGUCAAAUUUGUGUUUUUCUUUUGCACAAAUGGCAAUUCCAAUAUUAACUGCGCUUGUGUAACAUAAUGUACAUUGUUAUUUGGACUAUUUAUUGUUAACAUUUCGGAUAAAGUGCUUUCUGUUUAACUUAAUAUUAAGGUGACAUUUAAAAAGGAAAACCAAUUUGAAGUUUUCAGUUUGUAAAAGGUGUUUUUAUUCUGUGUAUAAAGAUAGAUUUAAACCCGU